GGGAAAUUGAAGACUUUAGAGAGAGGGAGGGGGAGACGGAGUCGCUUUAAAUUAAAUUGAUUCAAUUUCGGCUUCAUUGAGCUUGUGGUUCAGGUAUCAGUCACGGUUAGUUAUAGCAGAGAAUCAGGGAUUGUACAGAGAGUGGAACUGAGCCAGUUGUUCCUCUGUUUAAAGCUACACUGUGGCUUUGAGGGAAUGUUCUCAAUCUGGGUAUUGUUACUACUUGGGAUUGUUAAUUCACGGGCCCAUCAGAAGAGGCGGAACGUGCUCCUGAUCAUUGCUGAUGAUGCUGGCUUUGAGACUGAGGUGUACAAUAACACAGCCAUCCGGACCCCUAACUUAAACCAACUGGCAAAACGCAGCCUCAUCUUCCGAAACGCCUUCUCAUCUGUCAGCAGCUGCUCCCCCAGUCGUUCAGCUAUUCUAACUGGCCUACCACAGCAUCAGAAUGGGAUGUACGGACUACACCAGACUGUUCACCAUUUCAAUUCCUUCGACACUGUCAGAAGUUUACCGUUUCUGCUCAGUCAGGCACAGGUCAGGACAGGAAUAAUCGGGAAGAAGCAUGUUGGCCCGGAGUCUGUCUAUCCCUUUGACUACUCAAAGACAGAGGAAAACCAUUCUAUCCUGCAAGUGGGGAGGAAUAUCACCAGAAUCAAACUGCUGGUCCGAGAGUUCCUGCACAGCACGGGAGACAGGCCGUUCUUUCUCUAUGUUGCCUUCCACGACCCACACCGGUGUGGACAUUCCCAGCCCCAGUACGGGCAGUUCUGUGAGAAGUUUGGGAAUGGGGAGAGCGGAAUGGGAUGGAUCCCAGAUUGGCAUCCGCAGCAUUACACACCAGAGCAGGUCAAGGUGCCUUACUUUGUACCGGACACACCAGCAUCCCGCACUGAGCUGGCAGCACAGUAUACCACCAUCAGCCGUCUAGACCAAGGGAUUGGGCUGGUGCUGAGAGAGCUCAGGGAGGCCGGACAUGACAACGACACGCUGGUGAUCUACAGCUCCGAUAACGGGAUCCCCUUUCCCAGUGGGCGGACUAACCUGUACCAUGCGGGGAUUGCAGAGCCCAUGUUGGUGCAUUCGCCAGAGCACAGCGGGCGCUGGGGACAAGUCAGCCAAUCCUACGUCAGCUUACUAGAUAUAACUCCGACCAUCCUAGACUGGUUCUCCAUCCCUUACCCGAGCUACAGUAUCUUUGGAAAGGGUAAGAUUGUAAAGCUAACAGGCAGGUCGAUUCUCCCAGCUCUGCAUUCCGAGCAGCCCUGGUCCACUGUGUUUGCCAGCCAGAGUCACCAUGAGAUCACCAUGUAUUACCCAAUGAGAGCCAUGAAGAACUUGCAGUACCAACUAAUCCAUAAUAUGCACUUCAAGAUGCCCUUCCCCAUCGACCAGGACUUCUACCUCUCGCUCACCUUCCAGGACCUGUUGAACAGGACUCAGAGUGGCCACCCAACCCACUGGGGGAAAUCCCUGCAGGAAUAUUACUACAGGGAACACUGGGAGCUGUUCGACACCCAGGAGGAUCCUUCCGAGAGCCACAACCUAGCCUCAGACCCACGAUACGCAGACGUACUGGAGAAGAUGAAGGGGCAACUGAAGAAGUGGCAGUGGUUGACCUAUGACCCCUGGGUGUGUGCCCCAGAUGGCGUGUUGGAAGACCAGGGGCCUUACCAGCUGGACCCUGAAUGUAGGCCGCUGUACAAUAAACUGUGAUAUGUGGCGAGAGGAGCUGGUACUGAAAGGGGUUUGACACUGAAACAUUAAUGCAUCUUAUUUACGGUGUUAGCCGGGGGUAAUGCUGAUAAAUGGAAUCUGUUGGUACAAUUUAUAUCCUGCUAUAUGGGCAUGAUGGACUGAAUCGCUUGCCGUAUAGUUCUGUGAUUCUAGCUGGUAUUUUCAUGCACCUGAAGGUCAGCAGGUUUGUUUGGGUGGCCCUUGGAUGAGUUUUUGGAUAACAGGAAUGCGCAGGGCUUCCCUAAACUGGUCUGGGACGUUUGGAUUGGGACAGCGCACCCAUGGGAUUGAUGGCCUCAUGGUGGCGCACACCCCUCACCAGGGGGUGGCUGUGGGGUUGGCGAGAGGAGACUUCUGGGUUCUGUUCCCACCAAUAACUUGACAAGGCGUGUGUGCGAAUAUGCUGGUUUAAUUAAAGGGCUGCUGCUUUUAAUUCUUAAA